GUACAUUUUUAUAUUAUUUUAUUUAUCGCAAAAGAAAAAAAAACUAUAAAAAGCCCUUCUUUUUUUUUAGUCUUUUUCUCAAGUUAAUAAUGACUACUUUACCUUUUAUUUCUCGUAGAUCCACUGUAUAUGGAACACAUGCAAUUGUGUCUAGCUCUCAACCUUUAGCUACUCAAGCAGGUAUUGAGAUAUUAAAGAAAGGUGGCAAUGCUGCUGAUGCUGCUGUUGCUGUUGCUGCUGCACUAAAUGUCACAGAACCUGGUUCCACUGGUAUUGGUGGUGAUGCCUUUUGUCUCUUUUAUGAUGCAAAAUCUUGUACUGUCAAAGGGCUAAACGGAUCGGGAAGAACACCUGCUUCUUUAACUUUAAGUCAUCUUCGUGAGAAAGAAGGCGUUUCAGGUUAUGUUUUACCAAGCGAUAGCAUUCAUGCUGUCACAGUACCUGGUGCUGCUGCUGCUUGGGUAGAUACAGUUGAGCAUUUUGGAUCAGGCAAGCUCGAUUUGUCUAGUAUUCUUGCUCCUGCUAUUGAAUUAGCCGAGCAUGGGUUUCCUGUCUCUCAUAUUUCUGCGAACGGUUGGAAAGCAGAAGCCAAGAAACUUCUCGAGACAAAUCCAAAUCAAGAAAAAAAUGAGUGGUUAAUUGAUAAUAAGCGUGCUCCCGAAGAAGGUGAAAUCAUGAGCAUUCCUACUUUAGCCGAGACAUUCCGAACACUCGGAGCAGAAGGUAAGAAAGGGUUUUAUCAAGGUCGCAUUGGUCAUUCUAUCAUUGAUGCUGUACAAUCAAGAGGAGGACUUAUGACUUUGGAUGAUCUUGCUCAACAUACGAGUGAAUUGCUUGAACCUAUUUCAUUCGAUUAUCAUGAUUGGACCGUCUGGGAAAUUCCUCCUAAUGGUCAAGGUAUUACAGCUUUGUUAGCUCUUGGUAUUAUUGAAGCUCUUGAAGAGGCUGGCAGGAUAGAUUUCUCAAAAAUCGAACAUAACUCAGCCGAGUAUAUUCAUAUUGUAUCUGAAGCUUUGAGAAUUGCUUUUGCAGACACAAGGUACUAUGUUGCUGAUCCUCAGGUGCAACCAGUGCCUACAGAAGCACUCUUGAGCAAGGAAUAUCUCAGAGAACGCGCUAAAUUGUUUGAUCCAAGCAAGAGAAACGAACAUAUCAUCAAAGGCUAUCCAGAAGAGAAUGGUAAUACUGUCUAUCUCUCAAUUGUAGAUCAAGAAGGCAAUGCCUGCAGUUUUAUUAAUUCAACUUUUAUGCAUUUCGGGUCUCAUAUCAUUGCUGACAAUACGGGUGUUGUUUUGCAUAACCGUGGCUGUAAUUUCGUUUUAAUUGAAGACCAUCCUAAUUGCAUUGCACCUAGCAAAAGACCUUACCAUACUAUUAUUCCUUCCAUGAUCACUCGUAAAACAGAUCAUGGCCAUGAUCUUGAAGCCUGUUUUGGAGUCAUGGGUGCAUUUAUGCAACCUCAGGGCCAGGUACAAGUGGUCCUCAAUAUGAAGCAUUAUUUAUCCAAUCCUCAACAUGCACUUGAUUUACCUCGACUCUGUAUUGCUCCCCCUAAAAACAAUCCUAGAAUGACAGCUAAUGCUUACUCAUUCACAGAAGAUGGCAUCACCAAGGAAACUAUUCAAGGUCUAGAAGCCAAGGGACACACUUGUUAUACUCUCCAUAACCAUGCUCGUGCCAUGUUUGGUCGAGGUCAAAUCAUUAGAUCAAAGGUUGAUAAACGGACUGGUCACCGUGUACUUGCUGCUGGUAGUGACCCUCGAGGUGAUGGCUGUGCCACUGGCUGGUAA